AUGGCCUCGAACGGAACUCACAAGAACGGCGCUGAUGGCAUCCUGUCGGAGCAGGGGCAGGCGAGGCUGUUCAAGCUGUCGCCGCCGCCUUCGCUGGACGCCUUCAAGGCUAUCUGUGAGCAGAGGGCUACUAAGGAGCAGUAUCCUCUUGCUGCGGAUGUCAAGGAGAACAUUCCCAUCUACAACCUUGCAGAGUACUCUACUUUGACUGAGGAGCAGAAGCUUGCUCUUCAAGAUGAGUGGUACCGUGUUCUCCUCCACGGUCCUGGCGUCCUCGUCACCGCAGGGCUAUACAAAGACCACGGCGUCAUCGACAAGGCCACGGCGACGUACGCCAGAAUCAUCCAGAAGGAGAACGAGGGUACCAAGAUUUCCGGCGACCACUUUGCCGGCGCCGGCAAAAACGACCGUAUCUGGAACUCGUUCAGCAAGCACGGCCUCGAGGAUCCGGCGUCGUUCCUCAGUUACUACUCCAACCCGUACCUCGAUCUCAUCUUUGGCUCCUGGCUCGGUCCUGGAUACCGUGUCACUGCGCAGGUCAACAAUGUCCGACCUGGUGGACAGCCGCAAGUCUCUCAUCGUGACUACCACCUCGGUUUCAUGUCCACUGAGCGCUGUGGCGGGUAUCCUCGAGCUAUGCAGGUUGCCAGCCAGUGCCUGACCCUCCAGGGCGCUGUUGCCCACGUCGAUGUCCCCCUUGAGAGUGGCCCAACUCGCCUUCUGCCCUUCAGCCAGGCUUUCUCUGCCGGGUACAUGGCCUACCGUCUCCCAGAGUUCAACGAGUUCUUCCUGGAAAAGUACGUCGCCCUCCCGCUACAAAAGGGCGACGGCCUCUUCUUCAACCCAGCCCUCUUCCACGCCGCGGGCGAAAACAAAUCCUCCGACAUCAACCGUCUGGUCAACCUGCUCCAGAUCAGCAGCGCCUUUGGCAAGCCGAUGGAGACGAUUGAUGCUCUACCGCUGGUGGAGAGCACGUGGGACGACCUGACGGCCUUGUACAAGGCAAAGGGUCUAAGUGACGAGGUCAAGAUGUUUGUGUCGGCUGUUGGUGAAGGAUAUCCUUUCCCGACGAACCUGGACAAUAACCCUCCCAAGAACGAGAACAUGGCCCCUGAUUCGGAACAGGAUAUUAUCCUAGGGGCUCUUGUCAAGGGGAAGAGCAAGGCCGAAGUCUUGGCUGAUCUCGAGACCUUCAGAACCAAGAUCAAGGCUUGA